AUGGAUUCAAACCAAAGCAGUGGUUCCUCGGAUAACAUGGCACAAGCCGUGAUGUGGCAACAAGUACCCACGAGCAAGGCUGAUACAAUCAUUGACGACUUUGAAAUGAUCGAUGACCAGCAACAACAACCUCCACCAACAACAAAUGAACGAUCCUUCCUCCUAUCAUCCAACACAUCCGAAUACUACAGUGAUUAUGCUGAUGCGGGCAACAAUUUGUUUGGCACAUCCACCUUACCAGCAACAUUCUUGCAGACACAGACUCGGCCCGUGUGUUUUCGUGUACUUUUCAUGGGCAACACUGAAAGCAUUGGCAACAUUAAUCGAUCAAAGACGCUUGUGCUGCGCAAACUUUCUGAAGUGAUUGCAUCCUUGUUACCACGCAGCUGCAGCACCAACACGCCCACCAAUGAUCUUGGUACGACCGAUUUUCGGGAAAAGACCCACAAUGUUGUAUUUUUGGAUGCUUUUGAUACAAGCCCCAUUGAAACAUACGAGGACAAUGGCCUGCAUGUGAUUGAAGCCGAUUUUACCGACAACAAUGACGACGACCAAUACGAGCGACGUUUAAUCAACUAUGUCAAUACACAUGAUGUCAACUUGGUGGUCUACUUUUAUUACAAUCGUAAACAACAACCCGAUGAGAGGAACAUGGCAAUCCUUGAACAAUUGAGUGGACGAAUGCCUAUUUGGCCCCUUUUGGUGUAUUCUUCAAUCCCGGGAGGAGGUGGAGGUGGAGAACGACCCCAUUCGGCAACGGGAUAUCAUCAUCAACGUCGCCAUCGAUCACCUGUGCCACCAACAGCCAAUGAUUCCAUUGCCACACUUGGGCAAAAGUUAGCCGACAAACUUGCUCGUCACCAGAUACAAACAAUCGAUUUGAAUUUGACAGGCGUCAAUCCUGAAGAACACCCACAUUUUGCAUCCACCAAGAUCACUUCAUCAUCGACUCCUCCUUCUUCUCACAACAAUGACUUGAUAUUGACAGUCGACCAAUUUGCAACCAUCCAUCGAGAUCAAGUGGCUGUCAUCUUACAACGGUGGCGUACAGAUCAUGAUAAUCAAAAAGGAGGAAAUGAAGAUCAUCAUCGUUGGUGGUGGUUGUGUUGGUUACAGAAACAACAACGUCGAUCUUUACCAUUUUCGUCUACUGGAGGAGCAUUGGCAGCAGCUACCAUUGUGGGCUUAUUACUCUUACUUUUCGGCACACGACUCACAACAUUAUGGGCACAAAGAAGAAGUACCACCAUGGAUUUACCCAAAGAGCCUGUGAAGAUGCGAUUGAAUCCAAUGUGGGAUGUGGUGGAUGAAGAAACGUUACGACAGCUAUUUGUGGUGGAAGUGGAUCCAGAAAGAAAGCAUGAUGCUUGGAAGGAGCAAACAUUGGUGGUCGUUCUGGAAACGGAUCAUCUUGCUGAAAAGGAGUUUCGCAUGACCUAUGAACCGGGAACACAGUACAAGUACGUGGUGGAUGUACCAUCACCAUGCCUUAUCCACAACACGGGUGAUAUUCCAGUGCACAUUGUUUGGCGAUACCAACAAGAUGAAUCAACCAGGCUAGAACGCACGGUGGCAAAUUAUCCCGUCUUGUCAAUGGAAACAUGUCAACCAGUGUAUCAGCGCCAUGUUGCACCUGAAUGUGCCCCAAGAACAGCAUUAUCGGCCGUACGAAGACGUGCUUCAUCAAUCGAAUGGAAAUUGUUAUUCGGCAAGCUCAAGCAUGAAUUUAAAAAGCUGGCCCACGACAUGUCGAAUGCUUGUCAGAAUUUGUUUAUCAAGCUGCUUAGCUAG